CAAAAACUGAAAAUUGUUUUUGUUGUGCCGGCAGCUUCGGAGGCGGAGGAGGAGACGUCAGGCUAUGAGAGCGAGCGUUCCCUCUCGCCGCUGGGCCCCGCCGAUGACGCCGCCACCGCGUGCGCCUCGCCGCUGACCCCGCCGUCGGGGAGGAGGCCGCGCACGGCCUUCACGGUGGAGCAGAUCGGAAGCCUGGAGCGAGCUUUCAAGAGGAACGCCUACCUAGGCACGCAGGACAAGGCGCAGCUCUGCCGCAAACUCAACUUGUCCGACAAACAGAUCCGAAACUGGUUCCAAAACCGGCGCAUGAAGCUGAAGCGGACGGUGCAAGACGCUCUGGCGCAUGCCUGCCAAGCCAGCGCCGCGUCGCACUUUGCGCCCUACCCCGAGCUGCAAGCGUACCGGCCGGCUCCGUACCCACGCUACCACCCGAUGCCAUUGACGCUUCAGGACGCCGGCGGCGCCACCGCCGCCGCCUUGGCUCAGCCACCGCACAACCUCCAGUACGCCUCGCCUCUGGACUCGAUCUACCAAUAUGGCAACGUGGCUGGCGCCAUGUUGUCCGCCGCCACGCCGCCUCCCCCCGCCCCUCCUCCUCUAAUGGCAGCCUACCCGGCAUACCCCCAAUACUACUGACAGCCACUCUGUCUUGGUAUGCUCAUUGAAUCUUUGUGUUGUUUCUGUGAAGGCUUGUGUGCAAUGGGGGGGUUUGUGUGUGUGAGUUCGCGCGUGUGUGUGAGAUGAUAAAUUCUGUAUUUCUCAUUUAAUUCCAAUAAAAUCCAAUCAUUCAUUUUU